GGGCACUUUCUUUUUGCACUUCCGGCGGCGAGAGCAAGGUGGAGGUCGACAUUUUGUCCGGCAAGUAACAUUUCCCCUUGGAACUCGACAUGUUCUCGGCCCUGCAAAGAGUGGGCGCUUUCGCGCCGGUCUGCGUCCAGACCCGUAACAUGGCCACCCUAAAAGACAUCCGGGUGCGCCUGAAGUCCGUCAAGAACAUCCAGAAGAUCACGCAGAGUAUGAAGAUGGUGUCCGCUGCAAAGUACGCCCGUGCUGAGCGUGACCUCAAGCAGGCACGACCGUACGGCGAAGGCGCUCAGGCCUUCUACGAGGUGGCCGAGAUCAAGCCGCCCGAGGGAAAGCAGAAGACGUUGAUUAUUGCCAUCUCUUCGGACCGUGGCCUCUGCGGCGCCAUCCACUCCAGCGUAGCCAAACGCAUCCGAACCAUGAUGCAGGAGGAUCCCCAGCUGCUCGAGAACGCUCGAAUCAUCUGCGUCGGUGAUAAGGUACGCGGCAUCCUUCAACGGCUCUACGGCAACAACAUCAUCCUGAGCUUCUCGGACUUUGGCAAGAAGCCACCCAUCUUCGACGACGCCGUGCAGGUGGCCAACGCCAUCCUGGGCUGCGACUACGAGUUCGACAAGGGGAUCCUCAUGUUCAACCGCUUCAAGUCGGUGGUGUCGUACGCGACGACCGACAUUCCCGUCUUCAGCCUGGAGACCGUGACCAGCAGCGAAAAGUACACGCUGUACGACAGUCUGGACGCCGAUGUGCUCCGGUCCUACCAGGAGUACUCGCUGGCCAGCCUAAUUUACUACGCGAUGAAGGAGAACGCGUGCAGCGAACAGAGCUCGCGGAUGACCGCCAUGGACAGCGCGUCCAAGAACGCAGGAGAGAUGAUUGACAAGCUGACGCUGACUUUCAACAGGACCAGGCAAGCGGUCAUCACCAAGGAGCUGAUUGAAAUCAUCUCCGGUGCGGCCGCGUUGUAGACGCUACCUCACUGCCAGCCUCUCUCCUGUACCCGGGGAAGACUGCCGACGUGCCCGCUGAGGAAGUCGUGGAAAACGCACCUACUGCCGCCAUUUUUGUUUUGUCAGGAGGGGCUGUAAUCUUGUUCAUUACAGAAUAGGAAAAGAUGAAGAAAAUGAAACUUA